GACAUCGUAGCCCAUCUUGUAUCCUACAUUGACACAUUCUUCUCGCCCCUGCUGCGCCUGCUACGAGUGUGCUACCUAAGUACUGUAUGGUGGGCUCGACUAGGUAGCGUUACUCCUUUCGGUUCGGUUGAUCUGUGUUGUGGCUCGAUAGGGCAGUUGGAUGCGGUAAUCCAUGCCCUGUCCCAGUGUAGGAACCUGGGACUCGUGUUGGCGAGAUGGCUCUCCUGAGCGGACUGCCGUGGAGUUUUGCUGUGAGCACUGACACCAGGCCACCACGGCCAUCCGUGAUGGCUACCGGUGAGGAGGCAGUUGACAUACAUGCACACGUAGGUCACCUGGUAUCGUUUGGAGAACUGGGCUCAGUACAGGCUCAAGGAGCUGAGGAAGCUCGAGUUUUUCAUGUCAUGAAUAUUGCUCGUCAGAAUCCGCAAGGCCCCAUACUUCAAACCAAUCACACCCCGUGUGGGAUGUAGGCCAGUGUUACAGUUGGCCUGGAGCAUAGGUAAUGUCAACAUCAGGUUGCUUGAUACAUGUACUCUUCCUGGAUCCCAAUCUAUCCCAGGCUGCGAGCAAGUGUCACUAGAAAACAGAAAACAUCGGACCUGAUAC